UAGACAAUGUUCUGCUUUUGGUCUCGAAUUCUACACCCACUCCUACUAAAAAGUAGUCCUACUUUACACGCAUCUCACUCACUAUUGGCUCUACACCAUCUUCUGGCUGUGCAUUAUCUCAUGGAUCACUUAAAACUGACAGCCAGCGUGGUAUUCCCUAGUAAUGUUCUGCCUCAUUCAAUCCUCCCUCUUCCUCUCCCUCGGCUCUCUUGUCUCUGCUCAGCUCUAUGGCGGCGGUGCAGGUUCUCCUGCUACCACCACCUCUGCUUCUGCUGCUGCUGCUCCCUCAGCUCCAGCAGACACUCCCGGUCACGUCAACGUCGACGUCGCCUUCAACGAGGGCUUUGUCUUUCACCCCGCCAAUGUUACCGCUUCAAACGGAACCCUGGUCACAUUCUUCUUCCCAAAUAACGGUCUGACCCACUCUGUCACCCAGUCCUCAUUUGCUGCUCCCUGCACCUUUCUCGCGGCCAACGGCUCGUCCCCUGGCGGGUUCGACUCUGGUCUCACUGCAGGAACUCAGUUUUCCAUCAACAUCACCGACGAUACACAGCCCAUCUGGUUCCAUUGCAAGCAGCUAGGACAUUGCGGUAUGGGCAUGGUGGGCUCAGUCAAUGCCCCGCCCACCGGCAACACCUACGACAGCUUCCGAGCUGCUGCCUUGAGCAUCGGUAGCUCUGAAGUUCAGGAAAAGGAUAAUGGAGCGGUCACUGGUGGUGUCAAUGGCAUUGCCACUGCUGCACCUACCUCCAUGUCCGCCUCUACGACGGCGACCUCGUCUCAAUCGUCGUCAGCCUUGAAGCUCCUUGCUAGUGUUCCUCUUGCAGUAUUGGGCGCCGUAAUUGUCCUCGCACUUUAGUAGAUACCGUACUUAGAACCAUGUACUUUUUCGUAGCGAUUCUUUGCUUUGGACGUUGACAAUAGCAUUUUUUCUUUGCGGUUUCUCA